AUGUUAUAUUACACUUGCACAAGCGAUUGGUAUGUCUAUGGGUGGUUCACCAGCUGGACCAGCAGGAACUGGCAAAACGGAAACAGUGAAAGACAUGGUAGAUGUUUAGGAAAAUACGUCAUUGUAUCAAAUUGUUCUGACCAGAUGGAUUUUCGUGGUUUAGGCAGAAUAUUCAAAGGUUUAGCACAAUCUGGUUCUUGGGGGUGCUUUGAUGAAUUUAAUCGUAUUGAACUACCUGUGUUAUCAGUAGCCGCUCAACAGAUUGCUAUCAUAUUAACAUGUAAAAAGGAGCGUAAACCUCAGUUUGUGUUUACAGAUGGUGAAAUUAUAACUAUGAAUCCACAAUUUGGAAUAUUCUUGACCAUGAAUCCUGGUUAUGCUGGACGACAGGAAUUGCCUGAAAAUUUGAAAAUCAACUUUAGAACAGUAGCAAUGAUGGUGCCUGAUAGACAAAUCAUUAUACGUGUUAAACUUGCAUCAUGUGGCUUCAUUGAAAAUAUUAUAUCAGCACAAAAGUUUUAUACGUUAUAUAAAUUGUGUGAAGAACAGUUGAGUAAACAGAUUCAUUAUGACUUUGGGCUACGAAAUAUUCUUUCCGUGUUGCGUACGCUAGGUGCAGUAAAACGUGCCAAUCCGAAUGAUACGGAAUUCGAAACAGUAAUGCGUGUAUUGCGUGAUAUGAAUCUCAGUAAAUUAGUCGGACCUGAUGAACCUCUGUUUUUAUCGCUACUUGAUGACCUAUUCCCGGGUAUUUCAUUAGAUAAAGGUGGCUAUCCAGAUCUUGAAAAAGCUAUAAAACAAAAUCUAGCAGAAUCACAUUUAAUUAGCCACCCACCAUGGUUUCUUAAAGUUAUACAAUUGUAUGAAACUCAACGUGUUCGUCAUGGUAUGAUGACAUUAGGACCUUCAGGUACUGGUAAAUCUUGUUGUAUUCAAGCUUUGAUGAAGGCAAUGACUGAGUGCUUUGAACCACAUCGUGAAAUGCGAAUGAAUCCGAAAGCGAUUACAGCUUCACAAAUGUUUGGACGUUUAGAUGUUGCUACAAAUGAUUGGACAGAUGGCAUAUUUUCCACGCUAUGGAGAAGAACAUUGAAAGCCAAGAAGGGUGAACAUAUCUGGCUUAUAUUAGAUGGUCCAGUUGAUGCAUUAUGGAUUGAAAAUUUGAACUCGGUUCUUGAUGACAGUAAACUUUUAACACUGGCUAAUGGUGAUCGUAUUCCAAUGGCACCAUGUUGUAAGAUUAUUUUUGAAGUGGAUAAUGUUGACAAUGCGUCACCAGCAACUGUUUCAAGAAACGGUAUGGUAUACAUUAGUACAACUACAUUACAUUGGUUGCCAAUACUACAAGGAUGGUUAAUGUCACGUGGAAAAAGUGAAGCUGACCAGUUGUUGCAAUUAUUUACGGCAUCGUUUGAAAGUGUGUACCAAUAUGCAACUAGGCAUUUGAACUUUAAGAUGAGUGUUUUAGAAGCAUUUGUGAUUCGUCAAGCUUGCGAUAUCCUGAGUGGAAUAUUACCUAAGCCAGAAGAAAAGGAUUCUCCCUCGAUAACAUUCAAGUAUAUGGAACGUAUAUACAUAUUUGCAUUGAUGUGGAGUAUUGGUGCUUUUCUUGAAGGUGAUGAUCGUGCUAAAUUCGAGGCAUAUUUACGGAAACAUGAAACUGUAAAAUUUGACCUACCAGAAAUCUCUACAGAAUCACACUCCACAAUAUUUGAUUACUUAGUAAAUGAUCUAGGUGAGUGGAUUCAUUGGGAUACAAAAGUUGAUGAAUUUCUAUAUCCAACUGAUCAUACACCAGAAUAUUCCUCGUUACUUGUACCGAAUGUUGACAAUGUGAGGACAGAAUUUCUUAUAGAUUUAAUUUCCAAACAACAAAAAUGUGUACUGUUAAUUGGUGAACAAGGUACAGCUAAAACUGUGAUACUCAAUAAAUAUUUAAGUAGUCAAAAUCCUGAAUUUCAUAUAUUCAAAACCUUGAACUUUUCAAGUGUUACGACACCGUUGUUAUUUCAACGUGCAAUAGAAAGUUUUGUCGAUAAACGGAUGGGAAGCACGUAUGGUCCACCAGCUGGUAGAAAAAUGACAGUUUUCAUCGACGACAUCAGUAUGCCGUUGAUAAAUGAAUGGGGUGAUCAGGUAACAAACGAAAUUGUCCGCCAAUUGAUUGAAAUGAAAGGGUUUUACAAUCUAGAAAAACCAGGGGAUUUUACAUCAAUUGUUGAUGUUCAAUUCUUAGCAGCCAUGAUACAUCCAGGCUCCGGUCGAAACGAUAUACCACAUAGACUAAAACGACAUUUUUGCAUUUUCAAUUGCACCUUGCCAAGUAACACAUCUAUCGACAAAAUAUUUGGUGCAAUAGCUCAAGGACAUUAUUGUCCUGAAAGAGGAUUCACAGAUUCUGCAGUAACCGAAACAGUCAAGCUUCUUGUCCCGUUAACACGGAUUUUAUGGCAAAAAAUUAAAAAUAAAAUGUUGCCAACACCAGCUAAAUUCCAUUAUAUUUUUAAUCUACGUGAUCUUAGUCGCAUAUGGCAAGGAAUGAUUGGUACAAUACCUGAAGUAAUCAACAAUACAGAACGAUUAAUGAUGUUAUGGCGUCAUGAAUGCUCACGCGUAUUAGCAGACAGAUUUGUAUCAGCAGAUGACCACCAGUGGUUUCAUAUGACAACUAAGCGUUUGGUUAAAGAAGAACUUGGGAUGGAAUAUAUGACUGCAAUUGAGGGCGAUCCAUCAUACUUCGUUAAUUUUCUUCGUGAUCCACCUGAACCAACCGGUGAUGAACCUGAAGAUUAUAUCGUUGAAGUACCAAGGAUUUAUGAACCAAUCGAAUCAUUUCAACAAUUAUCUUCACGUUUGGAGAUGUUUUUACAUCAGUAUAAUGAAUCUGUCCGUGGUGCAAGAAUGAAUCUAGUACUUUUUCGGGAUACAUUAACACAAAUUGUGAGAAUAUCUCGAAUUAUAUAUAUGCCUCGGGGUAAUGCUCUGCUGGUUGGUGUCGGUGGGUCUGGGAAACAGUCAUUUACAAAACUUGCAUCUUACAUCGCUGGUUAUCAAACUUUUCAGAUUACAUUGACAAGGUCCUAUAAUACUACAAAUUUAAUGGAAGAUUUGAAAUUCCUAUAUCGUACAGCAGGUCAAAAAGGACGUGGUAUCACAUUUAUCUUUACUGAUCAAGAGAUUAAAGAUGAAGCUUUUCUAGAAUACUUAAAUAAUGUUCUUUCCUCUGGUAUUAUGUCGAACCUCUUUACACGUGAUGAAACGGAUGAAAUUCUACAAGAUUUAAUCCCUUUUAUGAAAAAAGAGCAUCCACGUUUAACACCAACUAAUGAAAAUCUAAAUGAUUAUUUCCUCAGUAGAACGCGAAAGAAUCUCCAUGUUGUUCUGUGUUUCUCCCCAGUUGGCGAGAAGUUUCGUCGUAGAUCAUUAAAAUUCCCUGGAUUAUUAUCGGGAUGUACAACUAACUGGUUUCAUCGUUGGCCAAAAGAAGCUUUAAUCUCUGUAGCUAAUCAUUAUUUGAUUGAUUUCCCGAUUGUCUGUAAACAACAGACAAAAACUGCUUUAAUCAAUACGAUGGGUAUAGUACAUGAUGGGAUAGCUGAAGCGUGCAUAGAAUAUUUCUCAAGAUAUAGACGACAAACUCACGUCACACCAAAAUCUUAUCUAUCAUUUUUAUGCAGUUAUAAAUCAGUAUAUUCGCAACAACAUAACCAUUAUGCGAACUUAGCCCAACGCAUGGAUGGUGGUUUACAAAAACUAGUUGAGGCUCAAGAGAGUGUUGCUCAGUUGAGUAAAGAGUUGGCCGUGAAAGAAAAGGAUCUUGAUAUUGCUAAUAAAGAAGCUGAAGAAGUACUUCGGACAGUCACUGUUCAACAAAAUGCAGCAACUGAAGUAAGAAACAAAGUGCAAGUUGUUAAAGAUAAAGCUCAAGCUAUAGUUGAUGACAUUGAUCGUGAAAAGGUUUUAGCGGAAGCGAAAUUAGAAGCAGCUAAACCAGCCCUACAAGAAGCUGAAGAUGCAUUGAACACUAUAAAACCAGGUGAUAUUGCUACAGUUAGAAGAUUAGGAAAACCACCACACCUAAUUAUGCGUAUCAUGGAUUGUGUAUUGCUUUUGUUUCAACGUCAUCUUGAACCAUAUCAACCUGAUCCAGAACGGACCUGUCCGAAGCCUAAUUGGAGUGAAUCUUUAAAACUGAUGACAAAUACUGGUUUCUUGUCAAUGCUGAUGUCCUUUCCAAAAGAUACUAUUAACGGCGAAACUGUUGAAUUGUUGGAACCAUAUUUAAAUAUGGAAGAUUAUACACUAGAAGUCGGUAAAAAAGUUUGUGGUAACGUCGCUGGUUUGUUAUCAUGGACAAAAGCAAUGGCUUACUUUUAUACAAUCAAUAAAGACGUGUUACCAAUGAAAGAUAACUUAAUAAAACAAGAAGCUAGAUUAGCUAAAGCUAUGCUUGACUUGAACGAUGCUCAAGCAAUACUUGAUGAAAAAGAACUUGAGUUAGCUAAAGUUCAAGCAGUUUAUGAAGAAGCAUUACGUAAGAAAAAUACACUAAUUGAGGAUGCUGAACUGUGUCGACGUAAAAUGACCGCCGCUUCAAAACUUAUCGGGAGUUUAGGAGAUGAACAAACACGCUGGACAGAACAGAGUCAGGCAUUUAAAGAAAAUGUCGAAUGUCUUGUUGGUGAUGUACUUGUUGCAACUGGAUUUCUUUCUUACUGCGGUCCAUUCAAUCAAGAGUUUAGACAAAUGUUAUACCAGUCAUGGCAGAGAAUAUUAAGACAAUAUAAUAUACCAGGAUCUACAAUAGUUAACUUAAUUUCCAUGUUAACUCGACCAACUCAACUUGGCGAAUGGAAAAUUCAAGGUUUACCCAGUGAUGAAUUGUCCGUACAAAACGGUAUCAUUGUUGACCAAGCGAGUCGUUAUCCCUUACUAAUCGAUCCACAAGGGCAAGGAAAAUCAUGGAUAAAAAGUCGUGAGCAAAAGCAUGACUUGAUUAUAACUACGUUGUGGAAUAAGUAUUUCAGACAACACUUAGAAGAUGCUUUGUCAACUGGACGUCCAUUACUGAUUGAAGAUAUUGGCGAAGAUUUAGAUCCAGCAAUGGAUAAUGUACUGGAGAAAAAUUUUAUCAAACAAGGUUCAAUUCAUAAGGUAAAGAUCGCUGACAAAGAAGUUGACGUAUUACCUUGCUUCCGAUUGUAUAUUACAACCAAAUUACCCAAUCCAUCAUUUACACCUGAAAUAUCUGCUAGAACUUCUAUUAUUGAUUUCACAGUCACAAUGAAAGGUCUAGAAGAGCAAUUACUUGGACGUGUUAUACUAAGUGAACGACAUGAACUGGAGGCUCAACGUGUUCAAUUAAUGCUUGAUGUGCAAUCGAAUAAAACGAAAAUUAAAGAACUAGAAGAUAAUUUAUUAUCACGUUUAGCAAGUGUACAAGGUUCACUGGUAGAUGAUGUUGAUUUGAUUGACGUAUUAAGUUCUACUAAAGUAACAGCUAGUGAUGUAUCAAGAAAGUUGGAAAUUGCCUCUGAAACUGAAAUUCAGAUAACUAGUGCCAGAGAAGAAUAUAGACCGAUCGCAACACGAGGUUCAGUAUUAUACUUUUUAAUUGUUGAAAUGAGCUUGAUCAACUGUAUGUAUCAAACAUCUUUACGUCAAUUUUUAGCGCUAUUCGAUCAGUCAUUAUCAAGAUCUGAAAAAUCUCCAAUUACCACGAAACGCAUUACGAAUGUGAUUGACUACAUGACUUACGAUGUAUGGAAAUAUAUUAUUCGUGGUUUGUAUGAAGUCGACAAAUCGACAUUUUCUCUCUUGUUAGCGUUAAAAAUCGAUAUGCAAGCUGGACGUGUUAGGCAUGAAGAAUUUCAGUGCUUUAUCAAAGGUGGUGCAUCUUUGGAUUUAAACACUGUUAAACCGAAACCGUUUAAAUGGAUUGCAGAUAUGACUUGGUUGAAUUUAGUGGCUUUAUCAAGUUUAAAUCAAUUUGCUAGCAUUCUAGAUCAAGUUGUUAGUAAUGAACGUGGUUGGCGUCAGUGGACUGACAAAACUUCGCCUGAAUGGUGUCUACAUGAGUCAACACCGCUUUGGCCAAUAGUUGGAUUACUUAGUACUGGUUCGGACCCCACUACGCAAAUAGAAUUAUUAGCCAAGAAAUACAGGGUUGAUUGUAAAAUAAUUUCUAUGGGCCAAGGUCAGGAAAUUCAUGCUAAACGUCUGGUCAGUAAUUUAUUAACAACAGGAGGAUGGAUACUACUCCAAAAUUGUCAUCUAUCAUUGGCAUAUGUUGCCGAAUUGUUAAGUCAAAUAACUGAAAUUGAACAUAUUCAUCCGGAAUUUCGUUUAUGGGUCACAACUGAAGUACACACUCAAUUUCCAAUUUCAUUUUUGCAAACCUCUAUUAAGUUUACAAAUGAACCACCUCAGGGUAUUAGAGCUGGUAUAAAACGAACAUAUGCAACGUUUACGCAAGACUAUUUAGAUAUUAAUAAUCGACCUCAAUGGAAACCAAUGAUCUACGCAAUAUCCUUCUUACAUACAACAGUACAAGAGAGACGGAAAUUUGGUUCGCUAGGUUGGAAUAUCGCCUAUGAAUUUAAUACAUCUGAUCUAAAUGCAAGUCUACAAUUUGUACAGAAUCACUUGGACGAUAUGGAUCCAAAACUGGGAAUUGAUUGGAAAUGUGUCACAUACAUGCUUGGAGAAAUUCAGUAUGGCGGUCGAGUAACUGAUGAUUUCGAUAAUCGGCUUUUGAACACCUAUUGCAAAUUGUGGUUCAAUGAAAACUUAUUUAAUUCAGAAUUUGAAUUUGCACCAGGUUAUAAAAUUCCACAUGUGCAGAAAUUAAGUGAAUUUAUUAAUGCUAUUAACGAAAUCCCAUUAUAUGAUUCACCUCAAGCAUUUGGAUUACACGAAAAUGUUAACAUAACAUAUCAGAGUAAAAAGGCUAAAGUUAUUUUGGAUUGUAUAUUAAAUGUCCAACCAAAAGAUGCAAACACUGGCGCAUCAGAAACACGUGAAGAUGUAGUACGUCGUAUGGCUAUGGAUAUGCUUGACAAAUUACCACCUAAUUAUAUACAAUUUGAAGUGAAUGAACGUUUGAAUCAAAUGGGUGCACUACAACCAAUGAAUAUUUUUCUACGUCAAGAAUUAAAUAGAAUACAAAAGUUACUUACAAUAAUGCGUGAAAAUCUUGUUGACUUAAAACUGGCUAUUGAUGGUACGAUUGUAAUGAGUGAACAGCUAAGACAAGCACUAGAUUGUAUGUAUGAUGCGAGAAUACCCAAUCAAUGGAAAAAGCUAUCAUGGGAAUCAUCUACAUUAGGAUUUUGGUUUACCGAAUUAAUUGAAAGGAAUCAUCAGUUUUAUGAAUGGUUGUACAAUGGACGCCCGGUAUGUUUUUGGAUGACAGGUUUUUUCAAUCCACAAGGAUUUCUUACAGCAAUCAGACAAGAGGUAACACGUAGCCAUAAAGGUUGGGCAUUGGAUACAGUUACAUUAUGGAAUGACGUAACUAGAUUUAUGAAAGAUGAUAUUCAACGUCCACCGACUGAAGGUGCAUAUAUUCAUGGAUUAUUUUUAGAAGGUGCUGAAUUUGACCAAAAGAAUUUGCGUCUAACUGAAUCGAAACCAAAAAUAUUAUAUCAACCAAUGCCGGUUAUUCAUAUACAGGCUGUGGAUAUAUCUAAGGACAAAGAGAUAUCCAAAGAAAUGCUGAAAAACUUCUAUGUAUGUCCAGUGUAUAAAAAACCAUGUAGAACAAACCUAACCUAUGUUACUUCACUUUAUUUACGUUGUCCGCCUAACAAAUCAGUUGAUCAUUGGGUAUUAAGAGGUGUAGCCUUGUUGUGCGAUAUAAGAUGA